AUGUCGUUGGACGGAAGUAGGGGCCAUUCUAGUUCAACUGAAGACAGAGAACAAAAUGUUGGCAACAAGUUGAAAUAUCUGAAGAAUUUCGAUUUGACCAAUGGGAUGUGCGAGAUAUUGCCCAAUUUAUAUCUUGGUGGCUUGCGAGAUGUUACGGAUGUUAAUCAGAUUGCAAAAAAUAAGAUUGAGUACGUUCUUACUAUUCUUGAUAUGAAAAUAGAGUUUACCUUUCAAAAGAACAUGGUUGUGAAACGAAUUAGGAUCCCAGAUUCACCGUCUGAGAAUAUUUCCACUUUCUUCUCCGAAGCUAUUCAGUAUAUUCAUGAAGCAAGAAUUAGAGGAGCAUCUGUUGCCGUACAUUGCUUAGCUGGAGUUUCUCGUAGUGCUACGAUUGUCACAGCUUAUUUAAUUACUGUAUGCGGAUUGACUUUCUUCAAUGCUCUGUCCUUUGUUUCUUCGAAACGACCUGCGGUUAAUCCAAAUUUUGGAUUCAGAAUGCAAUUGGCCAAAUACGAGAAAACUCCUGCUUCACAUGAAAGACAACGUCUUCGAGAGUUAUUCACACCAGCCGUUUUCGAUAGACAAUGGCAAUUAGAUCGAAUUGCUACUCGAGCAAAGAUCAUUACGCAGACUUCCGAGGAAUCAACUAGUGAGGGAAACAGUUGCGCAUAA